AUGACAACUUACGUGGAACUGAGCACAAAAGCAAAGAUGCUUAUCCUGGGACUAGGAAACUGGCAGUCCCCCAUUGGGAAAGUGAGAGAGGCAGUGAAGUUUGCCAUUGAUGUUGGAUACUGCCAGUUUGACUGUGCCUAUGUGUACCAGAAUGAAAAUGAAAUAGGGAAUGCGAUCCAAGAGAAAAUUGAGGAGGGAGUUGUGACACGGGAGAACCUCUUUGUUGUCAGUAAGGGUAAGCUAUGGUGCACAUUUCAUGAGAAAUCCAUGGUGAAGGGAGCAUGCCAGAAUACGCUUGCUGCACUGAAAUUGGAUUAUUUGGACCUCUACCUGAUGCACUGGCCCAUGGGAUUCAAGGCCGGAGAAGAACUGUUUCCUGCAGAUGAGUACAGCAUGAUCAUUCCAAGUGACACAGAUUUUCUGGACACAUGGGAGGCUAUGGAAGAGCUGGUGGAUGCAGGAUUGGCAAAAUCCAUUGGAAUCUCCAACUUUAACUGUGAACAGAUAAAGAGGCUCUUGAACAAACCUGAUUUAAAAUACAAACCAGUGAAUAACCAGAUCGAGAGCCACCCACACCUUCCUCAGGAAGAGCUGGUUAAGUAUUGCCAGUCCCAAGGGAUUGCUGUCACUGCAUACUGUCCCCUUGGAGCUCCCAACUGGCUUUGGUCCAAGUCUGAGGACUUUUUCCUCUUGGAUGAUCCCAAGAUUAGGGAAAUUGCAGCUAAGUAUAGCAAAACCUCAGCUCAGGUUCUGAUCCAGUUCCACAUCCAAAGAAAUGUGAGUGUAAUUCCCAAGUCUGUCACUCCACAUUGUAUUGAGGAGAAUUUUAAGGUGUUUGACUUUGAAAUAACUAAGAGGAGAUGGAAAACAUCCUCCGCUAUAAGAGGAGAUGUAGAAUCUGUCCCAUAAGCAUGUGGGUGUCUCUUCUUAUCUAGCAGAAUGCAUGGCAAAUCCACAUUUAUUGUAGAACAUUUAUAUCCUCAUUUUUAAAUGGUGAGUAGGAAACUGAACAAUGGACCUCUAACAAAAUGUCAUAUUCAAAGCCACUGAAAUCCCAUGCUAGUAUUCACUAGAAUACUAGUCAGUUUGCGCCCUUUUGCAGAAUUGUGAUUUAUAUAGGGUUUAUCAUGUUAAAAUAGCUUUUAAUAUGUAGAUGUUAAGCUACUGUGAGCUAAACAUGUGUUAGCAAAUUAAAAUAGACUUACAGCUCCAGAAUAGACAGGCUUCAGAUUUCUUGGUGGUUUUUUUUUUUGUUUUUUUUUUUGCUAUUCAUCUGACUAAAAGAUGUUCAGUGUAAAAUUACAAUUGAGAAAUUAAUGUUCUACUAAAUUAGCUUAUCCUUGUAAGUUAGUAAGUCAAGAAAAGAGAGGUCAUGUACUACCUACACAGAAAUUGUUAAUGUAGGGUCUGUAUUGUAGAGUGGUUGGACCCUGACAUUUAAAAUCUAUUCCUAGCUCUGCUAUUUAUUCUCUUUUCCCAAUGUAACAAUCUGUGAAGUGGCUACUACAGCCAUACUGUACAUCAGAUAUGUGUGGCUUAAUACUACAAAGAAAUUUGAUAGCCUCAGAUGAGGUGUGCUAAAUAAGUCAGAAAUAUAUUCCUUCUGACAUCAAGAUCAUAAUGUAAAAUCUGAAACAGUUACAAAUCUACAGGGGAAAAGUACCUUUUGACUGUCAGGAGUUCAAGCCUGCCUAUUUAAAUUACAGAAUACCCAAAUCCUCUGUUGAUUACAAAAAGCAGAGCGUUAACAUGAAUUAUCCGGUAUAAGUUAGGACAGUGAGGGAGGCUGGAUAAACACUUUAAAUGUCCACUAUAAUUAGAGAUUAUGCACAUUUCAAACUCCUCUCUUUAACCUUGAGACUGCAUCAGUGCUGACCCUUGUAGUGUUCACUGUAAGAACUUUAGAAUAACUCACUCUUUCUUUCUUUAGGUGCACAAAUCACAAGGACUAUACUUUCAGAGAAGAUUAAACCUGGCAUUGUCUUGACAUUCUUCAGGGCUUAGAAUGAUUGUAUUCUGCUGAUCCUUUAGUCUGGUUAGCUGAACCGAUGAGCAUGUUCAUUUGCAGUAUACAAUUAUGGCACCAUUUAAUCACCAGUGUAAAUGUAUUAUGUACUGCCUGCUGGCAGAGGAGAUACAGGAAGCUUGAAGGAUAAAGCCUGAAGACAGUCCAAUUUGCUGCCCUUACAUCUACUAUAACUACUGUAGUCCUUUAGCUGUUUGAGAUUUUGUUUUUACAAUAUAAAUGCAUGUUUUCUCCUUUAGUAAAAUUUAUUCCACAGGCUGUUAGUAAUGAAAUAAGUAAACAAGUCUUAAUAAUCAUUGAGCUACAGGCCUUGUGAACAAGUUUUUA